AACGUCUGGGACCGUCGCAACACAGACCAGUGGGGAGAGUCGAGUACCAUCGACAGCAUUUCCAAAAGUUGCCUUUGAAGAUCUCGAUCCCCAGAACCAGACAGCUAAUGGAGUGUUAUGGUCCAAGUGUCCGAAAACCAAGUUCUGUGGUGCAAGGCACGUACGUAUUGCAGUAUGCGAGACAGUUGCCGUGUUCAACACUGGUGCUGCAAGCAAAGCAGUGAUAAUGAACUUGUGUGGUGUCACUCCUGGAGUCCACACAAUGAGAGCUCUUAGGAAGCAGGAUGACACCAGACUGAAGCUAAAAAGGUAA